AUGGCAUCUUCAGCAGCUCCCCUCCGCCAUGUGCGAGGCCCCCUGGCAAGGGCUCUCGCUGCUCGCACAACACUGCGCACCUUCGCCACCAUCCCCCCAGCUCCCUCUACGACCAGCACAUCAUCGACAACCUCGUCGGCAAGGCCGCCGACAACGACACGCCGCAAGACGUACUUCAAGGACAAGACAGUCGCAUCCCUCGACGACUUUAUCGCCGGCGGCGCCACGGGUGGCUCGGCACCCCUCUCGCCCUCGGAAGCCUACGAGAUCCGCACAGUCGAGGUGACGACGGCGACGGGCAAGAAGAAGACGGUGACGCGGCUCCCCGAGUGGCUCAAGACGCCGAUCCCGGCAGGCAACGCCAACUUUGCGGCGAUCAAGAAGGACCUGCGCGACCUCAAGCUGUCGACCGUCUGCGAGGAGGCGCGGUGCCCCAACAUUGGCGACGUCAAGACGUCGCGCGCGCCGCCGCCCCUCGACCCGCACGAGCCCGAGCACACGGCCGAGGCCCUCGCGCGCUGGGGGCUCGUCUACGUCGUCCUGACGAGCGUCGACCGCGACGACCUCAUCAAGGCCAAGAAGCCCGGCAUGCUGGUCGAGGCCCUGACUGGCGACUUUUGGGGCAACCUCGACAUGGUCAAGAUUGUCGCCGAGAGCGGCCUCGACGUCUACGCCCACAAUGUCGAGACGGUCGAGGCGCUGACGCCCUUUGUGCGCGACCGCCGCGCCACCUUUCAGCAGAGCCUGGGCGUGCUGGCGGCGGCCAAGGAGGCCAAGCCUGGCCUCAUCACCAAGACGAGCAUGAUGCUGGGUCUCGGCGAGCAGGACCACGAGAUUGAGGAUGCUCUGAAGCAACUCCGCAAGGCCAAUGUCGACAUUGUGACCUUUGGCCAGUACAUGCGUCCCACGAAGCGCCAUCUCAAGGUGGAAAAGUACGUGACGCCCGACGAGUUUGAGAAGUGGCGUCUGCGCGCGCUGGACUUGGGAUUCCUGUACUGCGCGAGUGGACCCCUUGUCAGGAGCAGUUACAAGGCGGGCGAGGCGUUCAUCGAGAAUGUCCUGCGCAAGAGGGCCGGCGGCAGCGGCAGCGGCAUGGUCAAGGAUCUCGGAUCGACCGUUGCAUUGGGCGAUGCGCCGAAGAUCCUGUAA